UUGCCACAUAUGGUCUGCUAAGAAUGAAAAUUUCGUGUGCACGUACACGUACAAAACACUUGCACUUUUCCGACUGAGUUGUUGUGAAAAAGAUCAGUGGAUUUUGACUUAAUCUUUAUAAAAGGGAAACAUGACAGCAGGCUUCAGUGGUGUUCUUCAACUAACUGAUCUUGAUGAUUUCAUUACUCCUUCCCAAGAAUGUAUCAAACCAGUUGUCGUGGAAAAAAUAAAAUCAGUUACUGGUUCAAAAAUUAAAAUUCAAGACGAUGGUUCCUAUGUUGCAGUUACUGAGGGAGGACAGGCUCAGAAGCUGCAACGAGUGGACAUAUCCCUAAAUGAUUGUCUGGCGUGUAGCGGUUGCAUUACAUCGGCUGAGAGUGUUCUUAUUACUCAACAAAGUCAGGAGGAAAUGUUAAAAGUAUUUAAAGCUAAUGAACAACUCAAGGAGGCUGGCAAAGAAAGUGAGUUGAAACUCAUUGUAGUUUCUGUUGCGGUUCAACCAGUUCUUUCUCUGGCUGUUCGCUAUGAGCUUGAACCUCAAGACGCCUUUCGUAGAUUAUCAGGUUACUUUAAAAGUGUCGGAGCAGAUAUAGUUUUAGACAUGACCCUAUCUGAAGAUCUCUCCCUUCUGGAAUGUGAAAAUGAAUUCAUGGAACGCUUUCGAUCAAAAAGUGAUGGGUCUAAACCACAUUUGCCUAUGUUAACUUCAUCAUGUCCAGGUUGGGUAUGCUAUGCAGAAAAGACACAUGGAUCCUUUGUCCUCCCAUACAUCAGCACGACUAAAUCCCCUCAGCAAAUACAAGGGACUUUAGUGAAACAAUUUCUACCUACCAUUCAAGGUCAUCACCCUGGAAAAAUUUAUCAUGUUUCUGUAGAACCAUGCUAUGAUAAGAAACUGGAAGCAAGCCGUAGUGAUUUUCACAACGAGGCAGAAGAUAUUAAAGAUGUAGACUGUGUCAUAACAUCUGUGGAAUUGGAACAAAUGUUCAAAUCACAAGAUUUGCGUCUUUCUGAAAUUCCUCCUGCUGAUGUUGACUUUCCAUGGUUAGAUGGUCUGAAUUGCUCUGAGCAAAUUUCAUACAAAGGGACUCUUGUUGGUCAUCAAGGAACAGGCUCUGGUGGUUAUGCUGAUCAUGUUAUGGCAUCAGCUGCACAAGAAUUGUUUGGAGACAGCAAUGCUGAACUGAAGUUUAAAGUGUUAAGAAAUCCUGACAUGAGAGAGGCCACUCUUGAAAAGGAUGGUAAGGUGGUUUUGAGAUUUGCCAUUGCCAAUGGAUUUCGUAAUAUCCAGAACUUAAUGCAAAAACUGAAAAGAGGAAAAUGUGCUUAUGACUUUGUGGAAAUAAUGGCUUGUCCUUCUGGUUGUUUAAAUGGGGGAGCACAGGUGAGACCAGAAGAGGGCACACAACAGAAGGAACUAACUUCAACACUUGAAAAAUUAUAUAGUGAACUACCCUUGCAUAGCCCAAAAUUAAAUCCACUGGUUCACGAAAUUUACACUAAUUGGCUUGGCGGAGCUGGCAGUGACAAAUCUAGUGCAAAUUUGCACACCAGUUACCAUGCAGUAGAGAAGAUGAGUACUGCACUUAACAUAAAGUGGUAGGAUUAAUAAAUAUGUUAUAUAUUUCAAUAAUUCCAUUAAUAAAAAUACUUUUUUAUCACAUUAA